AAACAGCAACGAAAAGUAUAGCUGAAAACUCUCUAGGCAAGUAGUGUGGCCUGCAAUUUAUCACAAUAUAGUCUACUUCAGGCGAGCAAAAUCUAGAGACUUCCUUAGAUUUUGUGCACCAGCUGUUGUUUACAAAUAUGCACAGUGUGAUGUCUGUACAAAAAAAACAGGCUCUUAAGAGUCACCCAUAUUGAAAAAUAAUUUUUUAGACACCCUAUAAAAAAAAAACAAUUAGACACCCUAUAACCCACACCUAUACACUCGUGUAUCAAUCUGAUUGAUGGAUUGUGUUGCGCAGUAACCAGGCUCAAGUGUUUAACUGUGGCUCUUUCCACCUUCAACGAAUAGGUAAGAGGGCCAACCAUGGAGAAAGGUUAAGACACUUCAUUAUUUCUAUAACUACGCUAUAUUGUUUGUCCUCAUGUGCCCGUUCAUGUUUUUCAGCAUUAAGUACCUUGCAGACACUUAGUGUGGUGUGGACACCAGGUGGGGCCACACACAGAUUCCUGUUGAACACUGUCUCUUUAACUACCUUAUUUUCUCAAUAACAAUCUCUCUCCUUCACUUCAUCCCUCUCUCCUCUUCUCCCUAAAUCCUCUAGGUUAUAUCAGCUGUGUUUGGUGAACCCCUCCCACAUCUGAACUGGCUACAUAGAGGGCACUUCAACAGGGAAGUAUUAUUAAAGAGAUGCUUUACAUUGAAAUACAGACAGAGAUGCAGUAGUCCCAGAGUUAAUGAUCCAAGGUCAGUUUUGCAUUUCACUUGAUUAUUAUGAUGACUAACAAUGUUAGAAUAAAAAAUAUAAACAAGGCUUAAACAUGCUCUCUCCAUCUGUCUCUCGUCUGCAGAUAUGUUUUGAUGUGAGAGAGGAUGCCAACCCCCAGUCCCAUCAUCACCACCUCACACGCUCUUAAAAUAACCUUCGGGCCGACUAGAGACAUUAUUAUGUAAUUGUGAUGAACUGAGAGAAUAUUUGGGUAUGAAUAUGAUUCAUUAAUCAUAUGCUGUCUUCCCUGCUCCUAUGUUCUUACCUCUUUCCCACCUCUCUCACCACCUCCUCUUUCUUCCUGUUUUUAUAAUGCACAACAGAUGUGCAUUGAAGUACAGAUUGAAUUUGCAUUUAUAAUAUUACAAUUAUAUUUUAAUGCAGGUAUUUAUAACACUUGGAUAAUGAACUUAUUUCAAUAAAGCGUUUCACAUUCUCUACUGGUUGAAAUACUACACCUAUCCUGUGUUUAACAGAUCAAUGCAGAUGAUGGGCAUUAGAUAUUGAGAUAAACCGGUUUAGACUAUUUACAUGAUGCAUAGGAAGUGCAGUGACCUUGGCAAGAUGACAGCCUGGUUUGCUGGUUGUUUCAGGAGUCCCUAAAACAUUAAACAACCAGAAUUACAAUUUCAUACUCAUGUCACAACACCCAAAAAGAUAGCCAGCUAACAUAAAAAGAUUGACUGAUAUUGAUUUUUUAAGGGGGGCUAAAGCCCUAGCGCCAUCCCUGGUUUAGACUCAUAUUUUAAGAAGAAUUUUUUUUGAAAUGGCGGGGUUUAUGACUUUGUGGCUGUGGUAACUAGAGACGACAAUGGAGGAUGGUAGCUACGAAGAACACGUUGAAACUUUUCCGCUUCUUCUAGGGGGUUUAAGAGGUGUUAUCACCUAAUGGCCAUUGUGAUCAAAACUUUUCUUCAAGUGUGUAAGGCGGUUUAGGGAGUUUAUUGCUAGAAGGAACCUCAAAUAUAUAGUAGCUUCUAUUAAAUCAAUGGUAAAAAUGUAGGCUAUUUUUGGGCAAAAGCAAUAUUUCACUGAUCCACUAAAACUGGAAAUUAAACCAUUUUUUGUGUCAUCAGCAAUGAUUGUAAAUGGAUUUUGUCCACGUGUGGUUGUAUUGUGUUUUUAAAUUGGCCCCAAAAAAUUACAUCAAAUUAAAAUCACAACAAAUGUAAAGUAUUUAUAAAAAAAACUAAAAGUUUACAGCCUCUGGCUGGCUGUGGCUAGCUGGAAGGUGGCAGGCUGAUUUGAGAUUAGAGAAAUUCUAAAUAAUGGCUAAAUGGCUUGCCUAGGGCUUAUAGCUGUCCGCCAGAGAUACAAAAAUUGGUCUGUCGAGGGCUAAUAGCAGUUCUCUGAAUGGAGGCUACCUGCCAGAGAUGCAAAUCAUGUCUUGAACUGCAAACCACUCGCCCAUUGGAAGUACAAUUGUAUAGCCUUGGGCAUAGCACUAGCGGAAAAUAGCAAGUGGGGGGACAUUUUUUGCUAUCUGGGAAGGUGCACCUCUGUAAUGAUAAUUUCGUUUAGUCAGCUUCUUGAUAUACCACACCUGUCAGGUGGAUUCAUUAUAUUGGCAAAGGAGAAAUGCUCACAAACAGGGAUCUAAACAAAUUUGUGCACAAAGGUUUUUGUGCGUAUGGAAAAUGUCUGGGAUUUUUAUUUCAGCUCAUGUUGUUAUGUUGUGUUUAUAUUUUUGUUCUGUGUAUGUGACUUAUUAAGCAAAGGUUCAACAUCAGGUUUAACUGAGGUGUUAUCAAGUUGCACUGCUUCUUUCCAGUAAAUAGUUGGAGUACUGCUUGACAGAAACUUUUACAAGGCAGUAAGCUACCUGGGCUUCUCCCAUGAGAAGUCUUUCCCAGGCCCUCUCCCGUGUCCCAGAGCCCCCAAGGUUUAUUUCGACCAUCUGCCAAUUACCGGUGAGUGCUACCGUAACCGGAGUGCCCACCGUUCCACCAUCAUUAAAGACUCCUAUUCAAACUCCUCUUCCCUCCGCCACCACCGGGUCUCAUAUGACAUGCCGGCAGUUUAUUACAGCUACUUACAUGGCCAUUGGAGUUGGAUGUGGUUGGGUGACUUGUGUGGCUGAAUUCAGGCACAGGAUUCAGAGUGGGGUGUUCACAUAUGAUGGCAGGCUUUUGGGCAUCAAGGAAUCACUCAAAGCUGUGUCUCAGGACAUGUGUAGCUAUUCUGCUCCCCCUAAUCUUCUUUCAUAUAGAUGCAGCUCAAAGACAUGGCAACCAGGAGGAAAUAUAUAAGAGGGAUCUUCUAGCGUCGACAGAAAUCCCGGCAGAGUAUAUUGAUCCAACUUCCAUAGAUCUCACUCCCUUGGUCAAUACAUUAAUUAAUUCAACACAAUUAGGCUCAAGUCAGCUCUUCUCUUUGCUGAGUGUGACCUCCCACAGCUCCCUGGCUCUUCACAAGCUCACUCUACUGGUCUAUAACAUUUCUAAUUUCAGAAGUAUCACGGACAACAUGUUUCCAAGAAGGUAUUGCUAUUGUGUAACAAAUGAGACAAACGACUUAACAGACUUCACUGCCAUAUUGUUGGAUGUUAUGGGAAAUUCCACAAGCUAUCUACAAGAGCUAUUCAAAUCUAGCUCCAUAUUAUCAGUGAGCCAAAAUAAUAUUUCUGACUGCAUAUACAUCUGUGUAAUGGCAGGUAAAUCAGAUAAAUACCUGUCUCAACUCUGGGAAGUUGACUCCAUCAUGCCUCUGUUCAAUCAGACCAUUACAGAAAGCGCACAUAAAGGUAACCAUUCUGUCAAUUUUGAUCCGUCCCUAACCAGUAGAGUCCACUCCACUGCACAUGUAUCUUCCACAGCCUCAGAAAUGACCUCUACAGCUCCACCGACCACAACCAGUAGAACCAGAACCACAUCCUUCUUGACCUCAACAAGAGCUCAACCCACCACAACCACACCCUCACCGACUACAAAGUCUAGAACCAGAACUACAGGCCGACCGACCUCAAUAUCAGUUCCUCAUACCACUACAACUACAAGCAGAACUACAGUCUUACCGACCCCAACUACAGCCCUUCCGAUCACAAUCACAGUCCAACCAACCAUACCCAAACCACCACUGUCCACAACCACAGCCCAACAAAGUAGAUCUACAGCCCUACCAACCACAACCCAAUCAACCACAGCCCGACCAAUCACAUCUACAGCCCUACCAACCACAGCCCAACCAACUACAGCUUUACCAAUCCUAGCCCUACUGCCUACAACCACAGCCCUACCCACCACAACCACAGCCCAACCAACCACAACUACAGCCCUACCAAUCACAGCCCAACCAACUACAGCUUUACCAAUCCCAGCCCUACUGCCUACAACCACAGCCCUACCCACCACAACCACAGCCCAACCAACCACAACUACAGCCCUACAGAUCACGACCACAACUACAGCCCUACAGAUCACGACCACAGCCACGCCAACUGCAGCUCAACCAAUUCCAACCUCAGUGCAACCGACCAAAGUCCCAUCAUCCACAACCACAGACCAACUGACCACAACAGCUCAACUGACUACAACCACACCACAACUGACCACAAUCCAAGUGACGACAACCACAACCCAAUUGACCACAACCACAGACCAACCAACCACAUCCUUGCCACCCACAAUCAGAUUCCGAAUGACGACAACCCCAGUUCGACUUACUAUGACCACAGCCCCAUCGACCAUAACCCCAAUCCUGAUAACCUCAACCACAGACCCACCAGCCACAGGCCAAGCAAUUACAACCACACCACAAUUGGCCACAGCCCAACUAACUACAACCACAGCCCCAUGGACCAUUACCAAUAAAACCACGACCGCAACCAGAGUGAUCACCAAAGCACCCAUCACAGAGAAACCAGGCUGCCCAUGGAGAAGGCCUGGCUUGACCAAAAUAGAAGAGCGGAGUGACAACUCCAUUACUAGCAGCACCACCACCACUGUGAGUGCUCACAAGCUACAGCCCUGUGUACUCGAGCUCUGCAAGUUCUUCUCCCAGUGCCUCUGCCGCUCCUACAGCUACAAGACUCACAUGAAGAGGUAUUGUGCUGAUAGUCACCUGUGGUAUGAGAAACAUACCUUUGAGGUGUGUAGACGGGUCAGAAGAGUCUCUUUCUCCAGAAAUCUAAAACAGAGGUGCCUUGCAAGAAUGUGCAACAAACUCUGGCCAGAGUGGAAAAGAGACAGAAAGAGCGGGAUAUACUGAAGUUGGAGAGGAGAUUACACAGGAAGAACCACUGAAGUAUGCACAUUCUGAUGUAACUUCUUUAAGAGCACAGUGUUUUUUUCAGAAUCCAAUAAAUUGAAAAUGUUUCCUUUCGAACCA